AUGUCCACUCGCUACCACCAAGCUGCUAGUGAUAGCUACCUGGAACUUCUGAAGGAGGCUACCAAGCGAGAUCUGAAUCUUUCUGAUGAAGAUGGAAUGACUCCCACUCUCCUGGCAGCCUACCACGGGAACUUGGAAGCCCUAGAAAUAAUCUGCAGCAGAGGAGGGGACCCCGAUAAAUGUGACAUCUGGGGAAAUACUCCUCUACAUUACGCAGCGUCCAAUGGCUAUGCCCACUGUGUCUCAUUCCUGAUCAACUUUGGUGCCAACAUCUUUGCCCUGGAUAAUGACUUACAGUCUCCAUUGGAUGCUGCUGCCAGCAGGGAUCAGAACGAAUGUGUUGCUCUCCUGGAUAAGGCUGCCACUGCCCAGAACACCAUGAACCCCAAGAAGGUCUCCAGGCUGAAGGAGCAGGCUCAGAAAAAUGCCAGGAGGCAGAUCAAAGAGUGUGAAAGGCUCCAGGAGAAACACCAAAAUAAGAUGGCCCGCACCUACAACAAGGAGGAAUCAGGGACUCUUUCUUCUUCCAAGGGCACCUUCUCCAGGUCAUCCUUCUCAAGUGCUUCUGCUUCCAGUACAUUUGGGUCCUUGUCUAAGGGCAUUAAAGAUACCUUCAAGAUGAAGUUCAAGAAGAACAAAGACACAGCAGAGCCCAUAGGGAAGGAGGGUAGAAGUGGGCAGAGGAAUGUGAUGGACGUGUUCAGAGAAGAGGACGAAGAUUCAUUUUCCGGGGGCUUCAAAGAGAAGCUCCAGUUCCCAGCAGAGGAGGACGAUGAUGAGCAACAUGAAUCCAUUCUCAACCGUCCAGGUCUAGGGAAUAUUGUCUUUCAAAAGAACAGAGCAUGGAGCCCUGAAGACAUCUCAAACAGCAAGAGGGAGUCGGAAUUUAAAAUGCCCAGUGACUUGCUCCAAAGAGCAGCAGAGGCUGAUGAAGCUGAGGCGGGUGAAGAGGGAGAAGCGGGUGAAAAUGGCCUUGGGUCACCUGAGCUGCCUUGGGAUGAGGAUGAAGUGGAGUGGGAGGAAGAAGUUGUGGAUGCGACUCCCCUCGAAGUGUUCUUGCAGUCCCACCACCUGGGAGAGUUCCUUCCCAUUUUCACGAGAGAGCAGAUUGAUCUAGAAGCUCUGAUGCUUUGCUCCGAUGAGGACCUUCAGAACAUACAAAUGCAGCUGGGUCCUAGGAAGAAAGUUCUUAAUGCCAUAAACAGAAGAAUGCAGGUGGUCCAACAACCUGGCCCGCUGGUGGACACCAGCCUCUGA